AUGUCUAUUCUUUCAAGUCCUUCUAUCAUAAGGUCAUUAUCUCGUCUACGUAUUCGAGGACCAGACAGAUUAAUUCAGUUCUACCGACACGGUUACAUAAUGUCACAUAGUCCUCCAAUUCUCAGAGACCCUUCGCUAUUUAAAACCAACUUGGUUUAUAUUAAUGGUAGAUGGUUAGAGGCAAAAUCGAGGAUGACUUUCGAAGUCCACGAUCCAUGUUCGGGAGAACUUAUAGGCACAGCACCAGAGUGUAAUGCUGAGGAUACAUUAACCGCAAUCGAUGCGGCAGCGGAAGCUUUUCCCAUAUUCCGAACAAAGACUGGUCGAGAACGAUCAAAGAUUCUACGAAGAUGGUAUGAAUUGAUGAUUCAGAAUGUAGAUGAUAUAGCCAAACUUAUCACUUGGGAGAACGGAAAGCCAUUGGCAGAUGCGAAAGGAGAAGUCGUUUAUGCUGCAAAUUUUGUCGAGUGGUUCAGUGAAGAAGCGCCUCGAAUAUGUGGAGAUACCAUUCUAUCUUCAUCUGCAGAAAAUAGUGUAAUCACUGUUAAGGAACCGAUAGGGGUUUGUGGGCUCAUCACCCCAUGGAACUUCCCAGCCGCCAUGCUAACUCGUAAAGUUGCACCGGCUCUUGCUGCUGGCUGUUCGGUUGUUAUUAAGUCGCCCGGAGAGACGCCUUUCACGGCACUCGCACUUGUCGAGCUCGCUCAUCGGGCUGGAGUACCCAAAGGAGUUAUUAAUGUAGUGAGCGCCCUUGAAAAUACUGUAGCAGUCGGUGAGGUUCUUACUACCUCCCCGACUGUUAAGAAGAUAUCAUUUACCGGCUCCACUAGUGUCGGCAAAAUUUUAAUGAGACAGUCAUCAUCAACCCUCAAAAAGCUGUCCCUCGAACUCGGCGGAAAUGCACCCUUUAUAAUCUUCGACGAUGCAGAUAUCGAGCUUGCUACCAAAGGUGCAAUAAACAGCAAAUUUCGGUCCUCAGGCCAAACUUGUGUGUGUGCUAAUCGAAUAUUUGUUCAGACAUCAAUACAUGACAAAUUUGUAAAAAACCUUGUCGCUCAUGUUCAGGGUUUCAGGGUUGGGGGCGGCUUUACAGAAGGCGUGACGCAAGGACCUCUAAUUCAUAAGAGGGCGGUUGCUAGAGUUGAUUCACAUGUGCGCGAUGCGGAAAGGAAAGGUGGAAUUGUUGUGCAAGGUGGUCGUGUUAUGAAAGAGCUUGGUCCAAAUUUCUAUCAGCCUACUGUUAUUACUAACAUGAGCACCGAAAUGACGCUUGCGUCGGAAGAAACAUUUGGCCCUGUAGCUGGAAUAUUCAAAUUUGACACGGAAGAGGAAGCAAUAAAGCUUGCAAACCUUUCGCCGGCUGGUUUGGCAGGAUAUAUAUUCUCACGCGACAUUCACAGAGUGACAAGAGUGGUAGGCGCCCUCGAAACGGGAAUGGUUGGCGUUAAUACUGGGCUGAUAAGCGAUCCCGCUGUUCCGUUUGGAGGUGUCAAAGAGAGUGGAUUUGGAAAAGAAGGUAGUAAGUACGGGAUCGGGGAGUAUCAAGUUACUAAGGCCAUUACUUAUGGAAAUCUGCAAAAAUUAGCCUCAAUUUAG